AUGAACAACCACCGUAUAACUCCGGAGGCAGCGGCGCAAUUCGGUAAUGGAAUUCAGAUGGUUUUUUCUCGGUGGGCUGCACUGCGGAUGGCCAUCGAAAACGGGUGGGGUGGCCGCGACUCUCUCCAUAACUUGCAGCAGCUCGGCCACAACCUCUUCAAUUUCCUCACUCAAUCGAAAGAUCAAGUGUAUAUUGGUGAUGUAGAGGAUAUACUUUAUGAAUUCAUGGACCCUCUCAAUACUGAGAUUCAGGACGGCAGUGUUGAGGAGGUUGCAGAAAGGUUAAUGGUAAUGCGUGAAGAAUGUUUAGAAGGUCAGUUUGACUCGAUAAAGAAGCUGCGAGAAACAAAUGUUCCAAGUGUUUCGUAUACCAGACAGACCAACAGCGAUGACGAGGAAGACAGUGAUGAAGAUGAUGCAAUUAUAGAGAACAAUAUGUCAGCAAUGGAAGUUGAUGUUCCACAACAACAGCGCCAAUUGGAUCACAAUCUGACUGAUAUUGUGGCUGAUGAAAGUAGCACGAAAGAUACUCCUGAAGUUGUGGAUGGAUGGACUGUUGUUUCAAAAAUGAGUAAAGGGAGAAAGAAGUGA